CAAGAAAACUGCCUAGAGUUUAGCUUUGAUUUUUUAGAUCCUUUAAUACUAUUUCAGAGUGCCGCCGCACAAUGACUGGUCCUAGUGGUUCAUUUAGAUCACAUAAGGCUGCAGUUAGUGAGAUGGAUCCACGCUCGCAACAUUGUUCCUGGUUAAUUACGCUUGCUGAAACAUACAACGUUUCACUGAGCUUUAAAGAGUUGACCAUACCAAGUUGUAGUGAUACAUUUCUAAGAAUAUACGAUGGUUCAAAUGCUACUGCUCCGUUGCUUGGCACAUAUUGCGGUUCAAAUGCAAGAGCAGAAUUUCUCGAUAUUUCAUCUUCUACAAAUAGUUUAUACAUCGUGUCAAAUUCUGGAAGUUAUGGAAGAAAUUCUAAAAGUAUUUUGUCUUUCCAUGCACAAUAUAAUGCUGAAAAUUUGAGAGGUUGGUAUAGUUGUAUUUGUAAUAAAUUAAUAAUUCUAACGUUUUUAACCUGGCCGUAUACCAAAUAAUGAUAUUAUUCGGAUUCUUGAUCCCGACUUGUGGAUUCCAGAUCCUGAAUGGUAGAUUCUGCAUCUUCACUUGUGGAUUGCGAAUUCCAUCCUUAUAAAAAUGAAUGGAUUCCUUUAUCUGGAUUGCGGAUUCUAUAACAAACUGAAUUCCAGAUCUCACUGUGUGGGUUCUGGAUUCAUAGUAGGUGGGUAGUAGUAGGUGGUUAAUAGUAGGUGGGUCGUUGCUCAUCCUCUAAUUGAUGCCAGGUAUAAGUUAUAACGUAUUUUUACGCUUUUAUAGAAAAUAAACCCAGUAAACUGCCUUUGGUUGGUAAUAAUGGAAGUUCUGUUUCUAAAACGGGCGAAGGCAAGUGAGGUUUUGCUUAAUUACAUUGGGAUGUAUUGUAGGAAGUUAUUCUUUAUCUGUUAUCAGUGUCGCGUUAAUUAAGUUGUCUUAUCAUUUUGAGUUGGUUACUAGAAAUAAAAUAAUUAUAAUAUUUUCUUAUCUUUAUUCAAACAGGCAGCAGAAUGAUUAUCAUAGCAACAACAGCAGGUGGUGUCGUAUUUCUUUGCAUCGCGGUGCUUGUUGUAUUAUUGAUAAAAUACAAGCGCCGCAAGCAAGCUCCAAAAUUGUCAUCUCCUGUUAAUAUUCCACUGACAGUCCAAACUCCACAAGAAUCAUUGCCAAUUGAUCGGGUAAAUUAUUUACGAAUGUUUAGUUCAGAACUGAUAGAGCCGCCCAGUAUAAAUAAAGUCAGUUUAGUUUAGGUUUCCUCCUGUAGCAACACUGGAUCAAUAAGAGCUGAUCCUUACUGGACCUCAAGGAAGAGCAGUUUAGAACUGAUAGUUACCUUUCAAUGUAAAUAAAGUUAGUUUAGUUUAGUUUUCCUCCUGUAGUAUCAUUAGACAUAUAAGUGCUGGGCUUUUAUGGACCUCUCGGAGAACAGCUAAAUACUAAUAGAGCCACCGAACAGUCGAACACUAUUUCUAGCUUUUAGGCCUUAGUUUUUAAAUUUGGAUGAAUUGAGCAAACGCAACACGUGUAAUCGACAUUAAAAAGUCAUCAUUUUCAUCAAAACAGGAACCAGGUUACGAAACUGUCACAAGAGCUGGUCGAAAGUUUAGUGUCGCCACAAAAGCAAACGAGCCUGUAGACAUAUCAGGUAAAGGUAAUAUGUUUAAAAUUCUACUAACCUUCCUAUGUGUAACACUUUGGUCAUUCUGAGAAGAUAUGCAAUAUGUCUUGAAUAAACUGAAAUAAUGUUUUCACUGCAGAUGUUGCAACUCUCCGCGUUUGAUCAUCAACUAUUCAGCAUGAGUUCCUACUAUAUGAGUAAAUUGUUAAACACGUCCGAAUUUAUCAAUAUGAUAAAUUCGCGGCACAUUUUGAAAUUAUCAAUAGUAUAAAUCAUAUAACCGCAAGCAUUAGAGAAGAGGUUUUGUUAUAAAUGUAAUGGCACUAAAAGGGAGGCUGGUUGCGAGGGAGUGGAAAGUUUCCGGAAAGAUUUUCAAAAAAAGUUAGAUUUUCCAAAAAAAGUUUUAAAAAGUCAGGUUGGGGGUUGGGGUUAGGGUUUGAGUUAGGGGUUAGGUGCCGCGAAUUUAUUAUAUUGAUAAAUUCGGACGUGUUUAACAAUUUACUCACAUAGUAAAUUCAAAGGUGGAGCUCAUGCUGAACUAUUCAACUUAGAACAGAUAAAGCUGUCCAGUAUACCAACUUCUUCUUGUAACUUAUUUUUGUGCCAGUUCUCGACGUUCUUUUGUGCCACUUAUUGCAUGACAGCUGAUGAGAGUUGAGAAGCGAGAUUUUGCCUCCGGUCAACGAGAACAAGAUUUGCAUGAGAAUUUACGAAGGUUGGCUGAAUAUUACUGCGCGAGUAGCGAAAACUCUGAUCAAAAUUUGAACCAGUUCAAUGAACUCUCGCUCGCUUUGACCGCCAGCUCUCAUUGACUCCCAUCAACUAGUCUCAUCGACUUUGGUUCAAAUUUUUGAUCAGAAUUUUUGCUUGUUUGACCGUUAAUAUCAAGUCAAGUCUCAUCAACUCUCAUGCAACUCUGCUUGUCAAUUUUGUUUGUCAACUCUCAUGCAAUCUUUCAUUCUUCUCUCAUCCGCGGAUUUAUUAUAUCUUCUUCUGUUUCUAAAGGAAACACAUCAGAUUACGAAGAGGUUGAAGGGCCAUCAAGUGCACGAAAGACUUCUGGGUACGAAACACCAGGCCAAAAUAAAAUGUAUAAAAAGCCCAAAAAAUCUCCAGAAAAUCCAGGUUAUGCUGAGCUCGAUAAGAAUAGACUCCAAGGCAGAAAUGAUGGCACUUACCAGAAACUUGUAAAGCGAGACUCAGAUUAUGUUAUACCAGCUCACGAGAGAGGAGAGUCGUACGAAGACGUCAAAAUGGGAAGAAACUUACCAGCUGGCUACGAGGAGCUGGAUCAAAGCAAACGUGAAGCUGAUGAUUACCAAAAGUUGAUGAAAACUUGAAGUUGUUGAAGGUCGCGCACAUGGUGUGCACCACUGCACUUGAAGGGAAGUGACAGUAAAAAUAUAUUGAUUUUGCCUCAUUUCAAGGAACUUUUAAAACUGUAUAAUUAUGAAGACUCUUUAUAAUUGUUUUCUAUCUUGUUUGGUUUUAGAGAUAUUUUGAAAAUAAUAUUCAAACUAUUAAGGCAAAAUACAGGGCAAAAUGUUUCUGAGUCGCCUUUUUCGUACAAAUUACACUUGCACAUGAAAUGUGCCAAAAUUCAGCAUUUUCUUCAUUUUUAGGCGAGCUUUCAUUCCAUAAGCAAAAACUGGAAUGAAAAGCACAUCUUUUGACCUAAUGACAUUUUGUUCAUACGUAUAUUUAAUACGUAUAUUCAUGCCUGUACACACGAAAAUCAUGCAGUAUGCUCAUCAAGCAUGCUCAUGAGCAGAUUACAGGAUUCUGGUACAUAUAUGGGCGUGCUCAUGAGCAUAUUCAAAACUGCUACAUUGCAGUUCAAAAUUUGAUUUAAAGUUUGUUGCGGGGGUAUUAUGAGGCGAAACAUGUGUAAACAAGCCUUGAUUAAAUUGGAAAGAUGAAAGGCCUUAAUCAGCCUGUGCUGUUUGCAGAAGAAAAAUAAAUCAUGCAUCAAACAUGGG